UUGUGUAAUUUAAAAGUAGCAGUACAUUCAAAAAAUUCAGUGAUGGGUGUGGAGGCACAAGAAAACAAAGGAAGAAGAAGGCGACAACAUAGAAGGGACAGAGUGUGAGAGAGACCCGCAUCUGAUCCGUCCGCCCAAACCAAUCCCUGUUUCCAACGCCAUUCUUCAUUCUUCAUUUCUCAAGUUCUCGCAAUCCGCCACACCCCUUUCUGUCAACCUCUCUGCAGCAAGUAUCUUCCCUGUGCCUGAAUCUGCUUAAAUCUAUUUCCCCAAUCCGCUUCCUCUCCCUGUUGAAAGCGGAAAGGGAUGGAAAAUGGAGGGGGGAGUUUAGAGAGUAAAUUGGCAGGUCUGCGCAUGCAGGAUCCGGGAAACAUCAGAGGGAACAAUAACGAUGGGCUAUUCCAGGUCAAAAAAGCUGUAGAGGCAGCUGAAACUACUAUUAAGCUUCAGGUUGAAGAGAAUAAUCAACUUAGACUUGAGCUUCAAAAAAAGAUCCAGGAGCUUGAAAAAUAUAAAUCAGGUGGGCUGAAAAGUGAGAAUUCUCAUUCAGCCGAACAAUGGGAUGACUAUCAUCACCAGCCACAUGGAACUCUUAUGUCAAACUCACAUUUUGGAAAUCAAAGUGAUUGGCCCAACAAUACCCCAAGGCACACUCUUUCUAAUAAUCUUGUCCAAAAUGAUACAUGCACUAGUCUACAAGCACAGGGAGAAAGCAGCAGAGAGCCUCCCAAUUUCAAUGGCACACUUAGAAUGCUUUCUGGUGGUCAGACAUCUCCCGAUCCUUCAGGAUUUUCUCAGUUGUCAUCACCUUCUGCGUCACCAUUUUCUCCUAGCAG